AUGAAAAGACUGGAAAAGUGGAUAGACGGAGCACCCAACAGCUCAAAAACGAUAUCACCUGUCCUCGAGAGGUUGGAUAUUUAUUUUUGCCCAAAGAUUAUUUGCUUAGAUGAAUGCCAUCCCCAUCCUCUUGUUUCCUUAGACAUAUCUCAGUGCACAGGUCUGGUGUCCAUUAAGAGCAUACAAGGCCUCACAUCUCUUGAAUGUUUAGAAAUUUUCAUGUGUCCCAGUCUUUCAGAUAUAACCAAUUUACCUAACCAGUGUCAUUCUUUGAAGACUUUGUCUAUUAGCAAUUGUGACAAACUGACCUCCUUGCCUCAUGGAAUGUUCAACUGUUUUGCCUUCUUAAAUAAGUUGACACUUGGUCCGUUCUCAAAGGAGCUCGAUUCUUUCCCGAGUCUCCAAGGCAUCAAGAAGUUAAGUAACCACCUUCAGUCGUUAGAAUUGAGAGGUUGGGAUCAUUGGGAGUUAAUGCCAGAAGAACUACAACACCUCACCUCACUGACUUUGUUAUGCAUAAAUAGAUUCGGAAUAAAAGAACUGCCCAUGUGGUUAACCAACAUGUCAUCUAUCCGAGAAUUGAGGUUCAAUAAUUGCAAGGGGCUAAAUAAAGAAACAGUUAGACGGGGAGCGCCGCGGGAAGCAACUGAUGUCAGACUAAAUUAUGGAAGAGUGUGA